UCCUCGAUGUAUUUUCUAGAAACCUACACGCCUCCCUUGUAUAUAUUAACGAACCCCAUUUCUCAUGCUCUCAUCGAAUUCCCUUUGCUUCAUUCAGCAUACAGUUUCUUGUCCAGUAAACUCUCAAGAAAAAACGAUAAAAAUGUCUCAAGCCGUCUCGAAUUUGAGCCUCUCUCUGUCUUUGCCAUUUAGAAAGGCCGGUAAUUCCUCAAAGCCUCCAUGCCCAGCCCUCCCACACUUGUUCAAACCAAUUGGGGGCAGAGGUCUGAGUCCAAACGGCAUAAGGGCCGUCGCAGGGGAGACCAGAGACAACCUCGACUACUUGCAGAGGGCCAGCAAACCCCAACAAUCCAACCCCAAGAAGCGAGAUGCCCCAGCUGCACCCAUAGGGUUGUGGGACCGCUUUCCAACGGCAAGAACGAUGCAGCAAAUGAUGGAGACGAUGGAGAGGGUGAUGGAGGAUCCAUUUACAUACUCGGCGCUGCCGAGCGGGAGAGGAGGUUACGGCAGGGGAAGGACGCCAUGGGAGAUCAAAGAAGGUGAGAGUGAGUACAAGAUGAGGUUUGACAUGCCUGGUAUGACCAAGGAGGAUGUGAAGGUGUGGGUGGAGGAGAAAAUGCUGGUCGUAAAAGCUGAGAAGGUACCCAAGAAGCAGCAGGCCGAAGGUCAGGAAAAUGGAGAGGAAGAGGACCAGGAUUGGUCUGCCAAGAGCUACGGCAGGUAUAGCAGUAGGAUUGCUUUGCCGGAGAAUAUUCAGUUCGAAAAGAUUAAGGCGGAGGUGAAAGAUGGGGUUUUGUACAUAACUAUUCCUAAGGCGAGCAGCCCUGGGAAAGUUUUGGACAUCAAUGUUCAAUGACGAGUCUAUGGUGACAGAUAUUGUAUUUUGGUUUUUUAUCUCUUUCGUAGCCAUCACUUUCGAAGUUUUUGGUGUAAUUUAAAGAGAAUAGAUUGUAAUUUGUAAGUUUAAGAUGGUUUUUUAAAAUCAAGUUCCAUGUUGGAAUUAGUAGUUAUUA